UUGCUCAUGCCAGAUACGAAUAAUAUUCGUAGAUAUUUGCGUUUAUUCUCAAUACUUUCCUGCGACAGACCCGCUUGCUUUGGAGUCGUCGACGCCUCAACAGUUAACGGGAUGCCGGAGCAGUGACAAAUGGUUGGCUCAGGCUCCCCAUGAAUUCGCUUCUCAGGUGAAAGCACGACAGAAGACCGUUCAGCCGCAGUUGGCCUUCUGCUGGGGUGAAGGUGACUCGCUACGCCGCUGAGGAGAGGGAUGCAGAGAAGAAGCUGCGAGCCGUCCACUACUUGCUGUCGUCCUGCAAGCUGAACAUACGAAUAUUAUAGAUAGGCUGGCCGUGGGAUUUUAUCAGUGACUGUGUAUGCAUGUGUUCUGCACCGAACGGGCGCAUUAACCGCCCCAGAUCCGCAGCGAACAUUUUCCAGCUCGGCAAACCACCGCAGAGGGACCCCGAGCGCCGGGAGAGCACCGAGAGCGCGCGGAAAGCCCAGCGGGCCGUAGGCGACUGUAGGAUGACUGUCCAAGAAUUCAACACUCUUGUGGCGCUGUACCGAGAACAGGUCAUCUCUAUUGGGGAGAUUUCUGCCGAUGGUCCCUCUUUACGGGCCGUGUUGCACCGUACCAGGACCAAAGGAUGCGCUAUGGCCCAAGCUGCCCAUCAGAACCUCACCGUGAUAUCUGGGUCUGGGCCAGGGGAUGGGGAGAUCCACCCAGAGAUCUGCCGGCUCUUCAUCCAGCUGCAGUGCUGCCUGGAGAUGUUCAUCACGGAGAUGCUCAAGUCCAUGUGUCUAUUGGGGGUACUGCAGCUCCACAGGAAAGGAAAGGAUUCAUACCCGGAGCCCAGGCUGGACUUCAAGAUGGAUGAGAGUUCUGAUGUACCCAUCCUGGAGGAGCGCUCUUCCUCACCUGUGGACUACCAACACGAGUCCUGGCUGGUGUGCACCGAUAUUGAAAACAUAGAGAGGGACAUGCGAGAGAUGAGAAACCUACUCAGCAAACUUAGGGAGACCAUGCCUUUACCACUAAAAAACCAAGAUGACAGCAGUCUGCUGAAUCUCACUCAAUACCCGCUAGUCAGGCAGAGGAAGAGGCGCUUCUCUGGGUUCUGCUGCCUGGUGUCUGGCUGAGUCAGUCGGGUCCUGCAGGCAGCAGCAAGGGCAGCACACCAACCCUACACAACACCUUACAUGUUAUUACUGCCAUUUGGGGAAGGAACUUUCUGAUCAGUCUGUCUUUAUUUUGUAAUAUGAUUAUAUGUAGAAAAAGCUAUUCAAAUAUAAUGU